AUGACAUCCAUACGGCCCUUCCAUGCGAUGGACAUCUUCCAUUUUAACCCCACCAACCUGGAUCCUCUGACCGAAACAUAUGAUCUGAAUUUCUACCUCUCGUACAUAGCUCGAUGGCCGCACCUUUUUGAUGUAGCGGAGGGCCAGGAUGGGACUGUCGACGGCUACAUAAUGGGCAAACUCGAGUCCUCCCCCUCCUACCUGAUUCAUCACGAGCAUUACCUCCCGUUCCACGCCCACAUUACAGCUCUCACUGUCGCUCCCCACGCGCGUCGUCUCGGUCUCGCGCGAACCCUCUCCUCCUCCCUAGAAACCAACGGUGACCAAUACGAUGCCUGGUUCGUCGACCUCUUCGUCCGGAAAUCAAACAAGAUCGCGCAAGCUUUGUACACGGGACUGGGCUACAGCGUCUUUAGGGCAGUGAAGGAUUAUUAUAUCGAUGAUUGCAGCGGGCAGGGCAAUGACGGGGAGGAUGCGUGGGAUAUGCGGAAGCCGCUGGCGAGGGACAAGGAGCUGAAGCAUAUCAGGAGUGAUGGGGAGAAGUGGGAGAUUUCACCUGAGGAUAUUUACUGA